AUGGGAUCAAGUGACGGCAUCAGGGUUUCCCCUGACAAGGACUUGAUCUGGCACGCCGACACACCUGUGGAAAUUAUCCAUACGAUUCUCCUUGGUGCUGUUCGAUAUGUAUGGCAUCAUCUUCACUCAAAGCAAUGGUCCGACGAGGACCGACACCUUCUCGCAAUUCACCUGGAAUCGACCGACAUCAGCAACAUGAACAUGCCUCCAAUGCGGGCCGCUUACAAGAUCCAAUACCGCAAUAAUCUCAUCGGAAAAGAUUACAAGGCCAUAAUGCAAGCACUUGUAUUCCAUAUCCAUGGCAUUUGCACACCUGAGCAGUUUCAGCUCGUGAAGGCGACAGCUGACUUGGGCGCUUGGGUGUGGGUUCCAGAGAUCGAUGACAUGCCCACCUAUAUUGCGCAGCUCAAAAUAGCCGUGGCAAACGUCCUUGAUGCAUGGGAUGCUGUCGACCCACUCAGAAUUAUUGUCAAAAUCAAACUGCAUUUAUUGGCUCACCUGGCUGAAGAUGUCGAAUGGUACGGGCCUCCCGUGCGCUUCUCAACCGAAACACAGGAAGGAUACAAUGCAAUUUUCCGCAUGUGUUCCAUUAACGGGAAUAAUCAGGCGCCGAGUCGAGAUAUCGCGGCUAAGUUUGCGUCAAUGGCGACCGUGAAGCACAUUCUAUGUGGUGGUUACUGGCAGUCUACAACUGACGGAAAAUGGAUUCAAUCUGGCGAAGAAACUCGCAAACUAUUACUUACCGACCCAAUGUUUCAACGACAUCUUGGAUGGGUCCAAAAUUCGGCUCCAACGCCCGGUUUCGUUCGUUUCUUGGGUAUCAAGACUACGGCAGCACUUGCAUGGGCCGAGACCAAGGCCAAGCAAUACUGGACCCAUGAUAAGGAACCGUCUCAAGCACACUGGCGACGGGGUAAAUAUGUCAUUGCACAAAGUGGAGACCAAGUAAAAGAACAUACCUGGGUGUUUGCCAGAGACGGAGAGCGCAACCCUGUGCUUGGGCGGGUCAAGGAAAUCAUUGGAGACACAAAGUCGAAUAUGGCGUUUGUCACGCUCGAACGGUUCAUUUGCACCGAUACACGGCAUCCAGACUUUCUCUGGCCAGUAGUUCGCCGCCCGAAUGGCCCCGAAAUCCAGACUGGGAGGACGUCAUUCCUCGUUGUCAACGGGGUCGAUAUUCUCUUCUCCUGCUCAGUCCAGCACAACUGCAGGAACGAAGGCUGCCGUCCAUCAGUCUUUGGAAAGCAGCAGCAGGAGCGGGAGGAGACGAACCAUGAUGUGCAGCUCAUCAAACACACCGACGAUAACCACUUUAUCCUCAACCUCGGAUGUCUCCAUAACUUCGUUGAGCUGACGCGGUUGCUCCCCGCACCGAUGUAUCGACUGGAAUACCUGCAAAGUGACCGUAAGGGCUUCCAUACGGGUGUCACGGCCAAGGCACAUAACGCACGGGACACGGCGCGUGAGAAGACCGCACAGGAACGGCGAGCCAACGCUCAAGCAAAGCUUGCAGAGGCUGUAAAAGCAGCUGCAGAUGCACAACAAGCGGCCAACGAUGCAGUGGUCAUUCCUGCGGGAGCCUGUGCCGCAGAUGUUGAUGAGGAUGGGGGAGAUGGCAGCGAGCCCACAGGAGCACUGGAAGCACCAGCUGAUGAUACCCUGGGUGAUAGCGAGGUGGAAGAGCAGUCAGAUCCCGAGGGAAGCGACGAGUCUGAUGGUUAUGUGCCGGGUGGAAAAAGAAAGCGCCAGCCACACGGUCGAGGGCGCGCUGGUCGUGGCAGAAAGCGAGGAAGAUGGUAA